AUGGCGAGCAGCAGCAGCAACACCCCCAACCAAAACCCAUCCAAAACCCGCUACCAAGAAUGGCUAGCCCAGCAAGAAUCCGACCUUCAAGAGCUCAUCAGCGCCACCACCUCACCAAACCGUAACGACGCCGAGCUCCAAGCUCUAGUUUCCAAGAUCUUGAACCACUUCGCCGAGUACGUCCAGAAAAGGCAGGACGUCGCCAAGGAAGAGGCCACCGAGCUGUUAUGCCCACCAUGGUGCAGUUCCUACGAGACAUCCUCGUUCUGGCUCGGUGGUUGCCGCCCAUCCAUGGCUACCCGUUUGCUUUUCUGUGUUGCAGGUAUUGACAUCGAAGAUGAUGCCAACCAGGUUCUCACCGGAGCUACUACGCCGAUCAACGGCACGGUGACUCUCUCACCGGUGCAACUCCGUAUGAUUGAUGAGCUUCAGAUGAAGAUAAUCAAGGCUGAGGAUAAGCUUUCUAGCAAGAUGGCGAACUUACAAGAGGAUAUGGUGGAUAAGCCAUUGUUUCAGUUGGUGAAGGAGAGAGGUGUUGGUAGUGGUGAUGGUGGUGGUGGUGGUGGUGGUGGUGGUGGGAUAAGGAAUGGGAAUGAUGAUGUGGAGAAGGGGAUGAGAAUGCAUGUAGAGGCAAUGGGAGAGAUAGUGAAAGAGGCGGAUAAGAUGAGGUUGGAGAUGAUGAAUGAGGUGGUGAGAGGGAUACUGUCGCCGGAGCAGGCGGUGGAGUUUCUUUUGGCGGUGGAGAAGAUGCAUCUGACCAUACAUCAGUGGGGUGGUCUCAGGGAUCUCCAGCGUGCUAAUUACCGUCGUGGCUGA